GUGUGUGUGUGUUUGUGUUUGUACGUUGUAUGAUUUUUUUUUUUACCAUAUUUUGGAACCAUCAUCCAGAGCAGUUUGUUCUGAUGUUUGGUAAUGUUGAGAGAGCUCGUUAGUGAUAAUGAGAGAGUAAUUGGCCUUAAUUUCAGUGAAAUGAGCUGCCAUUUAGGUAGUCAUUACUGUCCUGAGCCAAGGUGACUUCACAGUGGGUGGGGCCUCAUACAUAUUCUGUCUUUACUGAUUUUCCAUAAAUAGGGUGCUACUGGGGUUCUUUCCAAAUCUAUUUUAUUUCUCUCUAUUUUUCUCUUCUCUUUCCUUUCAGUCUCUCUCACUUAUGUUUUUCUUCCGCAGUUCCAAUGUUGUCUUUUUUUUCAGUUCAGUUCAGUUCUGUUUUUUUUUUUGGCUUCCUCCUAUUUUUUGCAGUUUCAUUUCAGGGGCUGAAAAGAAUACCAGUGUGCCCAAAUCUGUCUUUCUCCUUUCACACCUUCUCUCAUCCCUCGCUACUGUGCAUAGGGUAUGAAGACAAAAACCUAUAACAUCGACACCGUCUCUCUCCUUUCCUUGUCUCCUCUGUUCUUUUCACACUUUUUUCUGUCUGUCUCUCUUUCUCUCACACUUUUUUUUCUGUCUCUAUCUCUGUCGCUCUCCUUCCCUAACUCUCUCUCUCUCUCUCUGCAGGAAUGUGGGGUGUGUGUGUGGCGGAGGCGUGCGGCUCAGCUGGCACUCAGUCCCGGGCCGUGUGGUGCGCUCACUCCGACGGCUGGACCACACACCCGUCCAACUGCGCGGCAGCGGCGGAGCGGCCGUCUCCGCAGCGCGCUUGCGUGCGCGCGUGCGAGUGGCACAGCACACUCUUCGAGUGGCAGCUGUCGCCGUGGGGACCCUGCAGCCCCGCCGCCUCCUCCUCCACCUCCACUCCGUCGCCCCCAGCGUGUGUGACGGCCCAGCGCGGGGUACAGAGGAGGCACGUGAUGUGUGCCAGGCGCGCCGACAGAGAGGCGGCGGCCAACGCGCGCGUGUGCGAAGCCUUCUCCCCAUGCCCAUCCAUUGAGCAGGCGUGCUUGCUGCCCUGCCCAAUCAACUGCGUUCUCUCUGACUUCUCCCAUUGGUCGGCCUGCCGGAGUCAGAGCUGUGGCUCGGCCCCACUCCAGUACCGCACAAGGAAGGUCCUGGCUACGCCCCUCUAUGGGGGGGACGAGUGCCCUCCAUUGACCCAGACGCGGCAUUGUCACCACGGCAACGCCCCGCCCCCCUGCCUGCCUGACCAACAGGAGCACAGCUACAGCCUGUGGGCGGGGCCGUGGAGUGAGUGUCGGGUCAGGGCUGUGUUGGCCAGCGGCAGGACUCGGGUAGACUUCAGUGCCGACCCAUCGGGUAGGACAGAGGUCAAGAGGUCAGAAGAGGCCCAGAGCUCGGUGAUUGUGAGGAGGCACACAGAGAGCAUCUUCCGACUGAACCAUCACCACCACCACCAUCAUCUUCAUCAGGGAAGUGGAGAGUCAUCGGACGUCAACAUCGGGUAUCAGACACGACAGGUGCGAUGCACGCGGAGCGAUGGCAAGAACGUAAUGCUGAGCCUCUGUGAUCAUGACAACGCCCCUGUGAACUUCCGCUCAUGUGUGAUGCCCAGAGACUGUGAGGUAUUUGAUUGGUCAGAAUGGAGCCCAUGCUCCAAAACCUGCCGCACGGUGGACCAAUCACCUGGCUACAGGACCAGGAAGCGUCAUAUUAAAGGGCUUCUGAUUGGUGAAGGAAAGGAAUGUCCUGCCCUGGAGGAAAGACAGGCUUGUAAUCUCAUCGGAGACCUACUUCCAAUGUGCCCAAGGUACACUACCAGUGGCUGGUGUCAGACUGGGGCAGGUGCCACAUCCUUCCUCUCCUCGGUCAGCAGGACUAUCGCCAUGGCAAUGCCAGCUUCCUGUGCGGAGGUGGCAUUCAAACCAGGGAGGUGGUUUCAUCUGCGGAGGCGGUCUGGGCUGAGAGGGAUUGGUGGAGUCACAGAGAGCUGCCCACACCUGACGGAGGCCGUGCCCUGUGACGAACCCACUUCCUGUUUCACGUGGCGUGUGACGUCACAGGUGCCCUGCACCCCACAGGAUGGAAUAUGUGGUCCUGGGACCCAGGAGCAGAAAGCGGAGUGUGUGACCGCACUAGGAGGUGCGGCGUGUGCGAACGCCUCAGCCCUGCAGCAGUGGAGGCUGUGUGGCAGUGCGCCCUGUGUGCUGCUUCACUGGGCCGCGGGGCCCUGGGGGCCCUGCACCCCCGACCCCCAGGGUUGGCCUUUCAACGCCUCCGAAACUGAGCCGCGCAACACCACCUGCGGCCUCGGCAUCCAAACAAGAGAGGUCGCCUGUGUGAAAGCCAACAACGGUGUGGUCACAUGGAAAAGGUGGCAGACCCACCGCUGGCGCAAGUGCAUUCUGGUCCCUGACUCAGUGAGGCAGGCAGUGGGGGCUUCCACGGAGUCCUGCGGCCAGGGUCUGGAAACCAGAGGUGUGACGUGUGGGGGGGCAGACGACUCGCCGGCUGAGCUGUCGCUGUGUCUGCAGUGGGAGGGGCCGAUGCCGGCUCAGGUGCGCGGGUGUCGCGUGGCAUGCAGGGACGACUGCACCCUGAGCAGCUGGAGCAGCUUCACACCCUGCCAGGGCUGUGGUGGCUGGCGUUCGCGCUCACGAACACUGAUAGGCCGUAGCAAGAAGCGUCUGCGGUGCCAACAGGAGUCACUUUACCCGCUCGUGGAGAGAGAGCCAUGCUCCUGCUCAGACUUCCAGGCUCAACCCCAGGGGUCCUGGUCCCCAUGCCUGUUCCCAGGGCUCUCUGAGCGGACAGCGUGGCACCUUGGCCUCCCUGGAACCCACCAGGGUGUGGAUGGCGCCCUGCGCUUGAAACCUCCCCAGGAAGAGGGCAGGGAGUGUGGGCAGGGGUGGCGCUACAGGGCCCUGGCCUGCCUGGACCACCAAAGACGACUAGUGGAGCCCGCUCUGUGUGCCAGUUCAGGUUUGUUGGAGGAGGUGUGUCACGUGGCCUGCCCACUGGACUGCAGGCUGAGCGAGUGGUCGCCCUGGUCUACCUGCAGCACCUCCUGUGGCUGGGGGGUGAAAGUGCGUGGCCAGUGGCUCAGAGAGAAGGCAUUCAAUGGAGGGCGUCCUUGCCCCAAACUGGACCCCAGGAAUCAGGUGUCUGAGGUGUUGCCGUGUUACAGUGAGUGUGAUCAGUACAGCUGGGAAGUGGACAUGUGGUCUGAGUGCCACCUCAACACACUACACAUCAACAGCACAGCACUCAGCAGAACUACCACAACGCCCACAGCCAGCGCACUCAGCACAGCAAUGGAGCCCAGCAGCUCCAGCCCAUCUCCAUCUCCAGCGCCACCCCCAGACGCCCCCACACCCACUGGACCAGGGGAGGCGCUACCCUGUGGAGAUGGGGUUCAGAGUCGCAAAGUCAGGUGUGUAAGGAGGGGAAGCAGUGAGCAUGUACACGAGUCUCUAUGUGCCCAGCUUGAGCCACCAAUCACCUCUCAGAUGUGUCCACUACCCUGCCCUGGUCACUGUGUGACCUCACAGUGGAGCCAGUGGAGCACCUGUCCAAUGUCCUGCCACUCAGGUGCGCUCAGGUGGAGAAGCAGACAGGUGCUCAGGCAGCCGGGUCACACGUGUCCGGAGCUGAAUCAGACACAGCCCUGCCUCUCCAACUCCACCUGUUUCAACUACAGCUACAGCUACUCAGACUGGAGCUCCUGUCAACUCAGUGAGAAUGCUGUGUGUGGGCAGGGAAUUAAGACACGCCUCCACAGGUGUGUCCGUGGCGACGGCAAGCUAGUGGAAGUGAGCAGGUGCACUGAGGUAAACACAACGCAACACCCAGCAGCUCGUCAGUCACAAUCACCUGUUCCAAAUCUGCUCACAGACACACACGCUGGGGAGAGAGCAUUUACCAGGCUGGCAACAGAACCUUAUUAAACACACAAACAGCAGAGAACCUCCUGGCAUGUUACAUUCCUAUGCUUACUUUUCAUGUGUCCACAGAUGGGUCCUUCAGAGGAACUGAUCACUUCCUGUGAAGUUAGCUGCCCAGUUAACUGCCUGGUGUCUGCAUGGUCGCCUUGGUCAGAAUGCUCACAUACCUGCGGCAACCAAAGUCAGAUACUGCGCUCCAGGGUCGUACUACAGGAGGCUGGAGAUGGGGGUCAGCCAUGCCCCGCCCAACUCUCCCAAUCGAAACCAUGUCCCAUCAUGCCUUGCUACUCCUGGUUGCUUGGAGACUGGUCUCUCUGUCAGAUAGAGGGAGCGGAGUGUGGAGAGGGGGUGAAAGUGAGGAACCUCACGUGUGUGGUGCACCGGGGGGCGCUGGCGGACGUGUCCCGUUCUGACGCAGUGGAGGAGGAGAGUUGUGACAGAGAGCAGAGGCCAGAGAGAGACAGCCCCGUGCAGCUGCCCUGCUCUGUGCCCUGCCCAGGGGAUUGCCACCUUACCGAGUGGUCACCAUGGAGCUCGUGCCAGCUGAUGUGUCUGGACGGGCGUGGCUUUGAGACGCAGGGACGCCAGGCGCGUUCGCGGGCGGUGAUCGUCCAGGUGCCCGAGAACCAAGAGGCAUGCCCCAGCCAGGUGUACGAGACAAGGCCCUGCAAAGGAGGAGUGUGCCACACCUACGAGUGGAGAACAGGGGGAUGGAGGGAGAACAAGAGGAACGUAUGGUGCCAAAGGUCAGAUGGAGUUAACGUCACAGGUGGGUGCCCCGCACACAGUCGGCCAUCAGCGGUACGCCACUGCCAACCCCCCUGCACCAAACCCUUCUCUUUCUGCACACAGAGUGGAGUGUGUGGAUGUCAAAAGGGCUUCACAGAGGUUAUGACCUCUCACGGUUUCCUUGACUACUGCACCAGAACCCCCGGGCCUGACCACAAGAAGGCAGACGUGAAAACCAGUUCUGGGCAGCCCAGACCUGGCCGCACCCAAAACCAGAACCCGAUCAGGGAGUGGGCCUUGCAGGCAGUGGGUCCAGAUGGGCAUGUCAGACCCUGGGUUUAUGGCCUGAUGGCUGCUGGAUUUGUUCUCAUCCUGCUCCUCAUCAUUAUGUCCUUCCUGUUGUGCAAAAACACCAAACCCAGCUCAGGUGUUGGAAGUCACCAGAAAGCCCUGACACUAUCGUAUGAUGGGGAUACGGAUAUGUGACCUCUGACCCUGCGUCCAUAGAGCUCACCCCUCCAGGAAUGUCCAGCUUUCACCCUCUUUGACAUCAGGGAUAUGGGACCCCAUCGGACACCAAAAGGACAGACUAAGAAGACACAUUGCAGCAGGAUUUAAAUACAAAAUAUUCAAAUAUUCAUGCUUUAUCCUGUGACUCUCUGAUAUCCAGUUAAGCGGCUCAGCUACAGGCUAUCAUGGAUUCCCUGAAAAAUGCGGUAUUUUUUAAAAGCCUGGUUCUGGUGAUUAUGUACUGUUGUAAGACACGGCCUGGAAAUUCACAUCAGGUUUUGAUGAUGUUGCUACAAGCCGUGGAUCUCAUUACAUGUGGCCGCCCUGCCGAACAGCUGAACGUUCAAUACCUGCCGUGUUAUCUCUAUGCUGGGGGGCUGUGGGACCAGUUGGCCAAAAACUGCACACCUGGCAGGACUAACAAAACACAGGAUUUGUUUACAUUCGGCCUCAGAGAAAAAGACUCUGCAAAAAAAAGACUAAAGGACAAGAAUAUGCCUUAUGCACUAUAUUAGUGCUGAAUGUUUUUUUUUUCUUUGUCACAUAUAUUUUCUCCAUAAGAACUAUUUCUUCUGUUGAUGCCAGGUGUCAUUAGCCGUCGGCUUGUGUGUGUGUGUGUGUGUGUGUGUGUGUGUGUGUGUGUGUGUGUGUGUGUGUGUGUGUGUGUAUGUGUGGUUUGUUUACUGUUUCAUCCUUAAUGAAAAAGUAAGUGAAGGUCAAGGCUGUUACCCAAGGGAGCUUUGACUCAAAUACACCACAAAACUACAAUACCCAACAUGUGAAGAGACACCCAGUCAUGUGAAGAGGUUGGAAAAGGAUUCCAGAUUGAUCCUCUUUAACCCCUUGAUUCUAUGUGAAAAAAAAAAAUAAA